UCCGGCAGAGCGCAUCUUCCUCUGAUGCGGCGCCCAGGACUUCAGCAUCCACCAUAGAUACAAAGAUAGAGGCCACAGAGACAGCUGAGCAGCUGCAUCCUUCACAGGUGCAAAGUUGUAGCAAGGUUCUCAUCAUGGGGGAACUAUUCAGGAGCGAGGAGAUGACGCUGGCCCAGCUCUUCCUCCAGUCGGAGGCAGCCUACUGCUGCGUGAGUGAGCUGGGAGAACUGGGCAUGGUCCAGUUUAGAGACCUGAAUCCAGACGUAAAUGUGUUCCAGCGCAAGUUUGUGAAUGAAGUGAGGCGAUGUGAGGAGAUGGACAGGAAACUGAGGUUUGUGGAGAAGGAAAUCAAGAAAGCAAUUAUCCCAACUGUUGACACUGGGGAAAAUCCAGAAGUGCCUUUUCCCAGGGACAUGAUCGAUCUGGAGGCCACCUUUGAGAAGCUAGAGAACGAACUAAAGGAAAUCAACACCAAUCAGGAGGCCCUGAAGAAGAACUUCCUGGAGCUGACGGAGCUCAAACACAUCCUCCGACGCACACAGCAGUUCUUUGAUGAGAUGGAGGAUCCCAACCUGCUGGAGGAGUCCUCGGCCCUGAUGGAGGGCAGCGAGGGGGGCCGCGGGGCUCCACUCAGAUUGGGGUUUGUGGCCGGAGUCAUUGGCAGGGAAAGGAUCCCGACCUUUGAGAGGAUGCUGUGGAGAGUGUGUCGUGGGAACGUCUUCCUAAGGAAGGCAGAGAUUGAGGACCCUCUUGAGGACCCCGCCACGGGAGACCAAGUCCACAAAUCAGUGUUCAUCAUCUUCUUCCAAGGCGACCAGCUGAAGAACAGGGUGAAGAAGAUCUGUGAGGGGUUUCGUGCCUCGCUAUACCCAUGUCCAGAGACCCCACAAGAGAGGAAGGAGAUGCUGGCUGGAGUCAACAGCCGCAUUGACGACCUCCAGAUGGUGCUGAACCAAACGGAGGACCACCGUCAGCGGGUGCUGCAGGCUGCCUCCAAGACCAUGCGGGUGUGGUUCAUCAAGGUGAGGAAGAUGAAGGCCAUCUACCACACACUCAACCUGUGCAACAUCGACGUCACCCAGAAGUGUCUGAUCGCUGAGGUGUGGUGCCCCGUCUCUGACCUGGACUCCAUCCAGUUUGCUCUGCGCAGAGGCACAGAGAGAAGCGGCUCCACGGUGCCGUCCAUUCUCAACAGGAUGCAGACAAAACAAACCCCGCCCACAUUCAAUAAGACCAACAAGUUUACUUCAGGCUUCCAAAACAUUGUUGACGCGUACGGCAUUGGGAACUACCGGGAGAUCAAUCCAGCUCCAUACACCAUCAUUACUUUCCCCUUCCUGUUUGCGGUGAUGUUUGGUGACAUGGGCCACGGCGUGCUGAUGACCUGUAUUGCCCUCUACCUGGUCAUCCGGGAGAGUCGCCUCGUCGCGCAGAAGAGUGAUAACGAGAUGUUCAACAUGGUGUUCGCUGGCCGCUACAUCAUCCUGCUGAUGGGGCUCUUCUCCAUGUACACCGGAAUCAUUUACAACGACUGCUUCUCUAAGUCUCUCAACAUGUUUGGCUCUGGGUGGAGCGUCAGGCCCAUGUUUAGCCCCAAAGGAGCCAACUGGACAAUUGAGACGCUUGGUGGAAAUGGAGUUCUCCAGUUAGACCCAGCUGUUCCCGGUGUAUUCAACGGGCCUUAUCCACUCGGAAUUGACCCAAUCUGGAAUGUUGCCACCAACAAGCUGACUUUUCUCAACUCAUUUAAAAUGAAGAUGUCUGUGAUCCUGGGUGUCAUUCACAUGCUGUUUGGAGUGUCUCUCAGUCUCUUCAACCACCUGUACUUCAAGAAGCCACUGAACAUCUUCCUGGGCUUCAUCCCCGAGAUUGUCUUCAUGGCGAGCCUGUUUGGUUACCUUGCCCUGCUGGUCUUCUACAAGUGGACAGCCUAUGACGUCUUCACCUCAAAAGACGCACCCAGCCUACUCAUCCAUUUCAUCAACAUGUGUCUCUUCAACUACAGCGACCCCACCAGCAAGCCUCUCUACAGGGGACAGAUGGGGAUCCAGAUUUUGUUGGUGCUGAUUGCCCUUGCAUGUGUACCCUGUAUGCUGAUUGUGAAAACUAUGGUGCUUCGCCGUCAGCACCUGUGGAAAAUGCACCUGUCCAAGAAGAGGGAAGAAACCCCUGCAGAGAAUCUAGAGCAAUCUUUAGAGCAAACAGGCGUGUCCUCAUCAUGCACCGGACUCACCCAACAGGGCACACAGAAGUUCGGAGGGGUGCGGGUGGGCAACGGGCCCACAGAGGAUGAGGCUGGCAUCAUGGACCAUGACCACCUCUCCCAGAACUCAGAGGAAGGAGAAGAGCACACAGAGGAAGAGCCGUUUGACUUUGGUGACGUAGCUGUCCACCAAGCCAUCCACACCAUAGAGUAUUGUCUGGGAUGCAUCUCCAACACAGCCUCCUACCUGCGCCUCUGGGCCCUUAGCCUUGCUCAUGCACAGCUGUCGGAGGUCCUCUGGACCAUGGUGAUGCACCUGGGCCUGUCCUCCCGGAGUGGCGGUGGGUUCUUCGCGCUGUCAAUCAUCUUCUCUGCCUUUGCCACCCUCACCGUUGCCAUCCUACUCGUCAUGGAGGGGCUGUCCGCCUUCCUGCAUGCCCUGCGUCUGCACUGGGUGGAGUUCCAGAACAAGUUCUACACUGGCCAGGGCUUCAAGUUUCUUCCUUUCUCAUUUGAGAGCAUCCUGGAGGGUCGAUUCGACGAAUGAUCGGAGACCCUUUCCCUUCUCUCCUCUGUGUAUGUGUUUGUGAGUGUGCAUGAGCCCAAGUACAGCCUUCUGUCACCCUCUAGUGAUCCAUUUGUGAAAUUCUUAUUGUGUUUGAGCUAUAAUGUGGUCUUUAUAAAAAAUAUUCCAAUGCACAUGUGCCAAGCUGUACCCACACUGGAGCUCCUGUUGCUGUGGCACGAAACCAUCACUGUGCUAAGCACUCACCUCACCUCUGCUGUCAUAACAUCUCUGUCAGCUUUCCUUCAAAGACAGCCUUUACCAAAUACAUUUCAAUCCGGAGAGACUUGUUGAAAUUGGAACAAUGCUUUAUUAUAAACAGGCAUCAAUAUUUAUAGUGCAAUGUUGUUUGGGGCUUGAACUCUGCCGUAGGAUAGACCAUGGGCUGGGAUGCACUACCCUCCCCUAAUCAGCUGUCUGUUUACCCACAGGGAGAGAGGAGGCCACCAGGCCACAGCCUGUCCAGUCUUCCUGGCUGAAUUUUUGCCUAAGCUUAAUUUGGCAAGGCCUGUUUAGUGGUAGACCAAUCUAGUUUGAAUACAGAAGUAGAUAAACAGCUAUUACUACGGUGGCACCUCACCUAUUAACCCAGUUAUCCGGAAAAAACCUGCAUAAAGUUUCAUUUUAACAGUCGAUUGCCAAGGCAGUGCCAGUAGAUCUCUUGCCAUUGAAAAACAAAUCACUUAGUUUCUGACACAUCGGUCACCACGCAUGCACGGUCAACCGCUUGAGCUAACGGAAAAAUUGGCUUACUUGCUUAUUAACUAAGAGGGGUUGCUGGACCAAGUAAUAAAAGCACACACACACACCCCCACACAAAAACUGAUUUACCAUAUUAAUUCAUGUAGAUAGCUCUCCAAGAAAAGUAGUUUGCAGGCCUAAAAGGUGUGGGCACCCCUGGAGCAUGUGUACCACUAACAACACAAUGUUAUGGCUGAGCAAGCUGACCGUACCAAGAUGGCUAUAUCUAUGAUGUAGACAGCGUAACAUGGCAGUUCAAUGUAAUAGAAAUGUUACCUUGUGCAUAUGUACAGCUUGGAACAGAGGCAUUGGAAAAACCUUUGAAGAUUCAUUGUGCAAAUGGAAAUGACUGUAAAACCUGCUGUCGUCUUGCUCCUGUGUCAAGCCAUGUCCUCGGGUAGAAGCAUGAGCAAUCAGAGGGAAUGUAACUGAAAGGGAAGUUUCUGCUGCUACAACUUUGGCAUGUCCAUAUAUCAGUCACUACAAUUAAGCAGAGCCGUAAUAAACCGGAAUUAUCCUGUAAUAUACUGCAAGUGCAGCUUGUUGGUGCCCACUGUCUGUUGAUCUGUAACUUCCCUGUGCUCCCUCCGUGUGAAUUGAUGUUGUAAACCAGGUGGAGAACUGAAAUGAUGGAUUGAGCUUUAAAAUAACUGAGGUGAAUUGUUUGGAAAAUAUAUCUGAUUCAGAAAUGUGAAGAAAUAAUAUCGUUAGAGAAAGAAUCAACACAACUUGGUUCAUCCUUGGUGCUUAAUAAAUUAACUCUCCUAACAUGUAAUAGCUUGGAUAGGAUAUAGAAACAACCCUAACGUUUCCAUUGAUGAUUGUUUGUGCAGAGAACAUUGAUAUUAUACGGAUUAAAAUGUGGUACAUCUCA